AUGGGUUCUACUGCUUCUGUAUCCGGGUCCCUGGACCUGACCGUCCUGGGACUGAAUAGUGGUACUUCGAUGGAUGGGAUCGACUGUGCUCUAUGCCGUUUUCAACAAGAAACGCCAGAUUCACCCAUGAAGUUUGAGCUUCUCAAGUAUGGCGAAAUCCCCCUAGAGCAAACAAUCAAGCAGCGGGUCAUGAAUAUGAUCCUUCACAAUCAAACCUCUCCUUCUGAGCUCUCCGAGGUGAAUGUCAUCCUCGGUGAGACAUUUGCAGCGGCCGUCAAGGAGUUCUGUCGACAAUACCACGUUGAUCUCUCGUCCAUCGACAUUAUCGGUUCCCACGGUCAGACCAUUUGGCUUCUGUCUAUGCCUGAGGAAGGUGAGGUCCGAAGUGCCCUCACUAUGGCCGAGGGCUCAUUCAUUGCCUCCCGCACGGGGAUCACUACUGUGACGGACUUCCGAGUCAGUGACCAAGCAGCGGGUCGCCAGGGGGCUCCACUCAUUGCUUUCUUCGACGCCUUGCUCCUGCACCAUCCGACAAAGCUGCGCGCUUGCCAGAACAUUGGCGGGAUUGCCAAUGUCUGUUUCAUUCCGCCUGAUUCCCAUGGAGGCAUUGACGCCUGCUACGAUUUCGACACAGGUCCGGGGAACGUAUUUAUCGAUGCUGUUGUCCGACACUACACCAAUGGCCAGCGGGAGUAUGACAAGGACGGCGAGAUGGGCGCUCGCGGCACAGUGGAUCAGGAUCUGGUGGAUGAAUUUCUCCAGACUCACCCAUACUUCCGGCUGGACCCGCCGAAAACCACCGGCCGGGAGGUGUUCCGGGAUACGCUCGCGUUUGAUCUGAUUCGCAAGGCAGAGUCCAAGGGACUUAGUCCAGAUGAUGUCGUUGCUACCGUCACUCGCAUCACCGCGCAGGCCAUCGUCGACCAUUACCGCCGCCAUGCCCCGAAGGGCCUCCCGAUCGACGAAAUCUUCAUGUGCGGUGGCGGUUCUUAUAACCCGAAUAUCACGCGGUACAUACAAGCACAUUACCCUGACACGAAAAUUCUGGCACUGGAUCAAGCAGGGAUCCCGGCUUCCGCAAAGGAAGCUAUCACCUUCGCCUGGCAGGGCAUGGAAGCAAUCGUGGGCCGUUCCAUUCCGGUCCCCAGCCGGGUCGAGACUCGGCAGCCAUAUGUCUUGGGAAAGGUAUCACCAGGCAAGAACUAUCGUAGGGUGAUGCGACACGGUAUGCUGUUCGGUGGGGAUAAGGACGACCUGUCUCCAGUGAACGAGCUGGUCAACUAUGUGAACGGAGUGGAGUUCGACAACACGUGGUGA